AUGGACUAUAUCCUGAAAAUUCUGCUAGUAUUAGUACUUUCGCGAUACCUUGUGAUAACGGGCGAAUGCGAAUCCUCGGUUGGGGAAAUUGAAGACAUAUUUGAACGGUUGGGACCAAGAUCUUUGUUGACAACAUUUACAGAGUCUGCAAAAUUCUCUGUAUAUACCGAGCAGACUUGCGGAGGACAAUUUCUAGUGUAUACAAAUAGCCUCAGAAAAGGAGAAAAAUGGGCUCUUAAAAUGCUAGAUUCUUCUUCGAAAAUCCCGUCUGGUAUUUUGACAGGAAAUAUUAUCGAUCUGGGAAUGUUUGACGAAUGCAUGUCAGUUCAGGCGGCGAAAAGGAAUAUAGAAAUUCGUGGUCGACACUGCAUGUACUCAAUAACUUUAGCUAAUCACAACAGUUCAGAUCUUAUUCAACCAACUUUUUCAAUAUGCGUUCCAUCAGCAUGUAAUUCUUAUGACGUGGAAACAUUUCUUAAUAAAACUAUCCAUAAUAUUGAGCGGGUAAAAGAUUUGGGAAUCACUGAUAUAACUGCAACUUGUUCAACUGUUGGUCCUCAAAGCUGGUCAAACGGAACCAUCAUAUCGGUGGCAAUAUUAUCUAUCCUUGUGAUUGUCCUAAAAAUAUGUACUUUUCUGGACAUCCUCCAAAGAACUAAACUUCUUCAAUCUGCAGUUGCGAACAAUUUCACAGAGUUCUCAUUGUUCAAAAGUGCAAGCAAAAUUUUGAAUAUGAAUGUCAGUUCAAAUUCAUUGAGUGCAUUGCAUGGCAUUCGAUCUUUAAGUAUGUGUUGGAUUGUUCUUGGUCAUCAGUAUGUGUUGAGCAAUUUUUAUGUUAACGUUAACAUGAUUGAUAUGGCUGAUUGGAUUAAAUCCUGGAAUUCUUUGUACGUAUUUAUGGCCGUUUUCGCCGUGGAUACCUUCUUUAUGAUCAGCGGACUUUUAGUGACUUAUUUGUUCCUGAAAGAAAUGUCCGCAGGAAAGAAGUUUAAUAUUUUUGCCUUCUAUUUUCACCGUUACAUAAGAUUAACACUGCCAAUGUUAGUACUCGUUGUCUUUGCAAUCUUUAUCAUCCCUCUUAUGGGAUCGGGUCCAAGGUGGGAGACACUUGGAAGUAUAUUUUUCGGUGAAAAAUGCAUGAAAAAAUGGUGGUCUUUUUUGCUAUACACAAAUAAUUAUGUAAAGUCAGAUAAUCCUUUUUUCUUGAUAUCGCCAAUUAUAUUGUACCCUCUUAUCAAAAAACCAAAACUAGCUUUGGCAAUUUGGAGUGUAUUGUUUGCCUCACAACUUGUAGUACCUGCUGCAAUUAUAGCAGUAAACAAGUAUACGUCCAAUAUUGAAAUAGGUCAUACCCUCGAUAAGACGAUACCCAUGUUUACACACCUAUACGCGGUGGCUUACGCAAGAGGUGGCAGUUGGCUCGUUGGUGUCCUAUUUGGAUAUAUCAUAGCUACAAAACGAUUAGAUUUAAACAAGACAACUAUUUAUAUUGGAUGGAUUUGUUGUCUCGUGUCAUUGACGUUUUGCACAUUUGGAAUGAGAAGUUUCCAGCAGAAGGAUUACGUUUACAACAUCGUUUGGGAAUCAGUUUAUGGAUCGCUCGCGCGACCACUCUGGGCUGCGAGUAUAGCUUGGAUCGUUUUAGUUUGCGUUCACGGUUAUGGUGGUCCAAUAAACACGUUUCUGUCGCUUCCAAUCUUCAUUCCGUUUGGCAAAGUUUCCUACUGUGUGUACUUGGUCCACAUAGUAAUUCAGGGAAUGCUAGCAUUUGCAUCUAGGACACCGCAUUACUUCACAGACUUCAAUGUGUUUAACCUCUUCUUGGCUAGUUUCGCUCUUUCCGUUGUGAUAGCCUUCUUCUGCAGCUUAUUUUUCGAGGCGCCCAUUUUAACAUUAGAAAAAAUAAUUUUACGAAGACUCAAAGUAAACAAGAGCGAAUCAAGAGAGUUACUUCACGAUACAGAUGAAGAUAAAUAA